AGCGUAACGCAGAGCUUACACAACCGUAGUACAUAUUAACGCGAUGCGCCGGCGCACACCACAGUGACACACCGGCUGCCGACAUGAUCUACAACAUCGCUUUGACUUUUGCUCUGCUGAUGGCAGCUGCGUGCGUGGCUUUGCCGGUGCCGGAGCCUGAUCCUCACCACACACGUAUCAAGAUCCACGUCCCCCACGAGAUCCACACCCUCCACCACCACCACGUCGAGACCGUUCCGGUGAUCAAGACAGUUCCCGUCAUCAAGACCGUGCCAGUUUACAAAGAGGUUCACGUGGUCAAACCCGUCCCAGUCAUCAAGACCGUGGGCGUCCCAGUCUACCAGACCGUGGCCGUUGAGAAGCCUGUCUUCAUACCCUACAAGGAACACGUCUCAGUAUCCCAUUCCUGGCAUUGAUUGAAAAUACCUUCUUAGUUAGUACAUAAUAGGGUCACAAAUACCUUGACACGUUCGUAGCAUGUUAGGUUAGCGCAAAUCAACAAAUUUGUUUUUGGCGAUAUUUUUUUGGAACUUGUACAUAAGAAAAGAAUGUCUUACACAUAUUUAUUAUGUACAAAUAAGACUGAAAUUGAACGUGAAGCCAUGUAGAUACAAGUCAGCAAUAUGUCUUCUGAUUUUUAAGUUCUGCCUUGUCAUCUUUAGUUUUUGAAA